AGGGUUAGGGCAGGUUAUCAGUGAAGAAGGGCCCUAAAUAAGGAUAUAGCUUCCCAAUGUGGGUCAGACGGAUUCAGUUUUGAUAAGUACAGCAGGAAGUAUUAUAUCUCUUUUUCCGUAGCCUUUCUAGGUAGAUCUACGCAAUAUCAACUACUGUCGGAUCAUGAGUAAGGCGGAGAAACUAGAGAAAGUCCGCAUUGCUUCCAACUUCAUCCUGCAUGCUCCUCCCGGGGAGUUCAAUGAAGUCUUCAAUGAUGUGCGUAUUCUUGUGAAUGAGGACAACCUGCUGAAAGACAAAGCUUCUGGUGCUUUUGCCCAGUACAACAAGGACCAGUUCACACCGUGUAAAGUCGAAGGAUCAGUGUAUCAGGCCCUCGUCACAGAGCACAGCGACCAAGGUGAAAACCGCUUCCUUGACCCCAGAACAAAGCAGUCUUUCAGAUAUGACCAUCUAAGGAAGGAAGGCUCCGACUUCCAGCCAGCAAAUGUGGAUCAGAAAGCUGAGAGCUGGCGGGCAGCCAUCGAGGCGGCGAUCACAUUGUACGUAGAGAACCACUAUAAGUAUGGUGUGGCCAGCGUCUACAGCAGCAGCUCCGGCGGUGACAUCACCAUCACUGCCUGUAUAGAGAGUCAUCACUUUCAGCCUAGGAACUGGUGGAAUGGUCGGUGGCGCUCACAGUGGAGUGUGACAUUUCCCUCUUCAGGUGGCAGUGUUCAGCUCUCGGGGAUACUUAAAGUACAGGUUCAUUAUUACGAAGAUGGGAAUGUGCAGUUAGUCAGCUCCAAAGAAUGUAGUGAAAAGUUAAAUAUAUCAAAUGCAGAGCAAACAGCCAAGAAUUUUGUAAGCCUAGUUUCUGAUGCUGAAAAUGAGUACCAGAGAGCGUUGUCUGAGAAUUACCAGACCAUGUCUGAUACAACGUUUAAGGCACUACGUCGUCAGCUGCCUGUCACCAGGACCAAGAUCGACUGGAACAAGAUCAUAAUAUCUGGCUACAAGAUAGGUGGUGAGCUCAAGAAUGCGUGAGUGACCUUGUCCUCGUCGUCGCUGUACUCAUUGCCGUUCCUGCUGCCCGUGCUGUCGUCGUCAUGGACAUUGCCGCAUCGCACUCGGACCUGCUCCGGGGGGGGUCAACCUCGCCUCAUCAAUAUUACGUUUCAUUGCUAAUACUUUUGUAAUCAAUCUAAUUUUGUAUGCUAAGUAUGAUCCAUGUUCAGUUUUGUAUCUUUUAGCCAGUGUCGAGGUUUGUCUUUUGUUUUAGCAUUGCCAGUUGUGGGGACUCCCAUUGAAUUAUAUUUUUUCCCAAACGUCAAAUAACAAGCUAUUUUCAACCAAAAGUUUCAACCAGAUUAUUUUGGUCAGAUUUAUGCUGUUUCAGCAUGUUCAGUUGCUUGUAAAGAAUUUGUAGUGAAAUUUUUGAGUCCCUGGACUGUCUUAGAAUCCUGUUAUGUUGAGUCUGUAGUUGAGCAGCUCAGGAAGGCACAGAGAUAGCACCCUUUCAGUAGGUUGGCCAACAGGUCUAUGACACGUCCGUGUUUGUACCAAUUUGCUGCACUCCGCAAUGAAAUUUGAUGGAAAUACUCCUAUAUAUCUUUCCUGAUCAUGCACAUGUAGAUACUUUAUAAUCACAGGUGAUCCAUCAGAGGUUGAUGACUAAAAUUGAUGACUGCUCCACCUUGUGAUCCUAAUCAAGGGAUAAACUUAUGAAUCAUUCAUUUUCUUGCUUGUGAAACGGUUUUGUUCUUGCUCCUCUUUUUUUAAUGAUGGUCUUAAUCUUUGGUUCACUCAUUUUGAACUUGCUGUCUUUUUCCAGUUGAUUGCUAACGUUUCCUGUUUCUAUGUCAAACACUCGUAAAAUACUGGUUGGUAAUGGUAUAUGUAGGAUAAUUUCCUUAUUAUUGAUAAGACAUAUGAAAAUGCCACUACAAAAUUCUGAAUUGAUAUAUCGUGUAUGAAUCAUCUUUUAUUUCAUGUUGAUAUACCAAAUCUAUGCCAUAGCAGUUAGUUAACUUCCUUUUCUAGUAGUCCCAAGUCCAUGACAGUCAUUUGGCUAUCCUCAGUUAAGCUCUAGGGCAUUAUUAGCACAGGCAGUUCAAAAUAAGUCAACUAAAGUGUCUACCACACCCGCCUGGUGUUUUCACGUAACCAUGGUAACUGUACAGACUUCCUUGUGUUGAUUUUGUUGUAUCCCUUCUUUGUUUUUGUUUAUCAUCAAUCAAAGUAUGAUAUAAAUUGUAAAUUAUUUUGUCUCAAGUUCUCUGUGAAAGGACUAUGGGUUAAAUGGGAUAAAGACUAAACUUGUGUAACUAGCCCAAUAUUAACAUUGGGGAUGCAUUUUUUUAAAUGAUUAAAAAAAAUAACAACA